GCGAUAGAAAACCUCCGAGGCACGCGGCUGUACGGAUUCAAGGGUUGCAACGGCAUCGGCGACCGCGUUCAUGUCAUCCAGCAAGCCUUUCGCGACUUCCAGCAGAUUGCUGCACUGGGCGAGCUCAAUGAUAUUCAGUGGAAGCUUCAGGCCGCGACGGAUUUCUGGGGCGGCAAGAACACUCCGAUCAACCAGUGGCCGCUUACGGACGAUACGAGGGCUGAAAUCAAGCAGAUCUAUCACCAAGCCGCCCAAAUUUGGGAGUACCCGUGGAGCCGACUCAUCGGAAAUCCAGCCUCGUCGUUCCGCUUCCUGUGGAUCGAGGUACGCUGCAGCGACGGCAAGGCGGGCCCUGAUAGCACGGAUCCCACGAACGCCUGCGGUGAUGCGACCAACAACGGACAAUGCUCCAGGACUGGCCAGCCGCCAGUCGGACAGGCACACCAGAUGAAGUCACAGGCCUUCAGCGAGAACACGCGGGGCUACGGCAGGGACCCCACCCUAUGGUACGACCGUAUCACUUUCUGCGCCGAGUUCUUCAACCUUAAGACCCUGGGCGAGAUUACCGCCGUGAACAGCGGCAAGACCCUGCCGGAGAAAAAGGACCUCAUGAACUGGGACAACCACGCCCGUGUCUUCUUCCACGAGAUCACCCAUCUCAACUAUUUCAUGAACGCCAACGCGUCGAGUCCCUACGUGCGCGACCUACAGAGCAAUGUCAUCUGGAACGGCAGGCGCUCGUGGGAGUCCAUGUACGGGCCGCUGUUCGCCAAGGUGCUGGCCAACUAUGUCGAGCCACCGCCCUAUAACACUGCCCAGUGGUCGGGUUACUAUCCACAGCGCAACGCCGACAACUUUGCCUGGUUCGCCAUGGCCAAGUACGUCCAGAAGCAGAUUCUCGUCUACCCGGACAGGCCCAAUGUCAGGAGGAUGGCGCCGCUGCAGGAGCCACGCGACGUGGACGGCGGACCGCCCCUCCUCGAGACCGAGCCCGCGCAGCCGGACGACACCGUGUCUGACCCGCCAUACGACUCCGGCAACGAUAUCUUCCGCCCCGGCUGCCCCGACGUCGGCGGCGUCGCGAGGGACAUCAGCGCCGCUGCCAUCGGCGCAGAAUUCGAGGCCCUCGUUGCCCAGAUCGACGCAGUGCCUGGCGUAAUAGAAGGUCCCCUCCCCCAACCGGGCAAUGAGACAGGCCCUAACCCAUCGACACCAGGAGGCUCGGGCGGCGACGCUGGCCAACAAGUAGCUCUUGCUUCUUACAUCCACCCAGGAGGAGGGUACGAUCUAUGGAGGAGAAUGAUCGCCUAUCCCAAUGACAAAGUCAGCGUCCUGGUUGCAAAUGUCCUGAACGGCCCGGACGUGGCUGUUAAUAAAAAGUGGAUGGCCGUUCUCACAGAGGCAGUGGCUAAGAAGAAGAAAGUUAUUGGCUAUGUGAGAACAGGGUACCUUGGAUUGGCUACCUCCGAUGACCCAAAGUUUGAACCAUUUGAAACUCGGCUGGGCUCACGAACAGUGGAAGACUGGGUCGCUCAAAUCGAACGUGACGUAGAUUUAUGGUACAAGUUAUAUGGGGCAGAUAAAAUAGGAGGCAUCUUCUUUGAUGAAGGAUGGAAUCAAUGCGGUGAUACAAGCAAUCCUAAUAGGUGGGCCGAAGUUUAUCAAUUCAUCAGCGAUAAUACCAAACGUAAAUAUCCUGGAGCUUACACCGUGCUCAAUCCUGGAACCGGAGUGGAAAAGUGCUACGAAAAUAGCUCGGAUACGCUCAUGACUUUCGAGAGUAGUUACGAAAACUACAUCAUGAAGAACUAUACCGAGAUUAAUUGGAAACCAAGCGACCCUCGAAAGAUAUGGCAUAUCAUCUAUCAAGUUCCGGAGGACAGAGCGGUCGAGGUAGCUAAGUUGGCCGCCGAAAAUAAAGCAGGUCUUAUUCACAUCACUCCCGCAGUCAUGCCAAAUCCUUACAACUCUCUUCCAAGCGAAACAUACAUGGACAAAAUCAUCAACUUCGUUCCAGGUGGCAGCCCUCUUAUUCAGGACCAUCUUUCGUCUUAUAACGGUGGAAGCUCACCAGGGAAGCCGGUUACAAAAGUCACUGGCCUGGACUACACCUCUCUUCAUGUCGAAUGGAGCCACCCCGGGGGGAACCCCUAUGGAUUCGCCGUAUAUACCGGCGAGGAAGAACUAGUCCGCUUACCAGGUUUCAUGCGCAAGGUCACUAUCGGGAAUAUCCUAAUAGAGACAAAGGCUAUGGUGGUGACUGUCAAGGCUAUUGGCGCUGAUGGCAAGAUGGGAGAUGCUUCUAACCCCCACGGUGGAGCAACCAAGGGACUUGAUGGUCGUGUUGUGCGGGACGUCAAGAUCAAAACCUCGCCUACAGAGACGACAAUUGAAGCAAAUGUCCUCCUUCCUUAUGGUUUUAUCCGCAUUUACUUCACGGAUGAUAGCAGAUACCACAAUUGGGGUGCAUGGCCAAUAUCCUAUGGCCCCAAUUUUGUUACUGCUCAUUAUAUGGUUGAAGGCUCAACAUUAUUCAAAUAUGAUGGACCCGCUACAGCUGAUGCCAACGACAAUCGCGAAUUCAAAUGGAAGGAAGUUGGAGAGCGCAACAAUGUCAAAAUUACUCGAGACAAAACUCACUUCAAGUGGGUUAUCCCGAUGGGAACAUCGAAUGAGGGAGUGGAUCCAACCUAUGCCGUCAUUCAAACGGAAGGCUACAAUCGGUUUACUAACGUUUUUCUUCCAUGCCCAAGCGAUAUGUCGGAGAAGAAGGGCACCGACAACGCGUACUGCAUCGGCCAAAGAGCUUACGAUUGUCAGGGUGCACCCCUUUGCGGGCACGCUCUGAAUACAGUCAAGAACUGCGACUUGGCUGCCAGUUUCCUUCUGAAUGAACCGGACACGAUAUACGAAGCCAAUCAAGCACUUCCAAAGAGUGGGAUGUGCUCCCUCGAUAGCCUCAUAGGUCAGGGAUGCAAAGUAUAUGUUCAAGGCAAGGACGAAACUGGCAAGUCGUGUACCAUCUCUGGUAAAGAUAUGUGGCAAGCAUAUCAAGACAUCAUGAGAUUUUCGACUUGCAAGUCCUGCGGGACAAAACAUUUCGGGAAUGGAUGUAUGGUUUCCCGAGACUACCACUUCAAUGUAGCUGGGCAAGGGUGUGGUAAGCCAGCGAUGUCGACGGUAUCGAGAUUCCUGAAUGAAACGGAGGCGCUUGAUGAGGCGUUAUCAUUGAAUCAGACAACACCUUCGAAUGAAACGACAACGAAUGAAAAGAUAGGACGAAGAUGGCAGGGUUGAAUUCGGGGGCUCAUUUGACGGUCAUGAUAAGAAAUACAAGCACAAAAUCGUGUCUUCACGCGACCUGUAUAUGAAUCUAUUAUAGUUCACUUGAACUUGGGCGAUAAUCU